AUGAUUUUGCUGACUCAACACUUUUCACACCCACUUUUAUUCUUUUCUUAUAAAUCAAACCCUUCAUUCAAUCAAUUCAAUCACCAUGUGCAACUUCAUCAAGGUUUCACUUUCCUUACCCAAAUUUCUCAACAAUUUCCCAUUAUGCCUAUUUCCAAUGGAAGGCAUUUCAAGAGGAGGAAUUUGAACAAAUGUUUCUCUUAUUCUGAAUCUGAAAAAUCUCCAUUACCAACUGAUCCAGAUAAGAAACAGGGGCAAUUGGGAGGAGGGAGUGAUGGUGCUGUGGCUGCGGAGGGGGAGAAUCCUGAUCUUCAGACGCUGUUUAGAAGGUUCUGGAAAGUGGCUGCUCCUUAUUGGAGUUCUGAUGAUAAGGUCCAAGCAAGAUUGCAGCUUGCUAGUGUUUUCAUUCUCACUCUGGCUACCACUGGAAUUAGUGUUGGAUUCAGUUUUCUAGGGAGAGAUUUCUAUAAUGCACUUGCCAACAAGGAUCAAGAGCAAUUUACGAAGCAGCUACUUUACUACUUGGGUGGCUUUGCUGGAGGAAUCCCGUUUUUUGUAUUGAGAGAUUAUGCAAGAGAGACUCUUUCAUUGAGAUGGAGGUCUUGGAUGACGAGGUAUUACAUGGAUCGCUAUUUGAAGAAUCAGACUUUCUAUAAACUUCAGUCACAGUCAAUUAUCGAUAAUCCAGACCAGCGAAUUGUUGAUGAUCUAAGUUCUUUCACCGGAACAUCCCUUUCUUUCUCUCUGACACUCUUCAACGCUGCCGUAGACUUAAUCUCAUUCAGUAACAUCUUAUAUGGAAUAUAUCCUCCACUCUUUAUUGUUCUUCUCUUAUACUCUAUUGGUGGUACAGCUAUAAGUGUUUUCCUCGGAAAGGGCCUGGUGACUUUGAAUUUCUUGCAAGAGAAAAAGGAGGCGGACUUUCGUUAUGGACUUGUAAGGGUUCGGGAAAAUGCUGAGUCAAUUGCUUUCUAUGGUGGUGAAGAGAGUGAGAUGCAACUUCUUCUGAUGCGCUUCAAAAGUGCUUUCGAAAAUCUGACCCAAUUGCUGAUUUCUUCUAGAAAUCUGGAGUUCUUCACCAGUGGUUAUCGCUAUGUCAUUCAAAUUCUUCCUGCUGCUGUUGUUGCUCCGAUGUAUUUCUCCGGAAAAAUCGAGUUUGGUGUCAUCAAUCAGUCAGUAUCUGCUUUUAAUCACAUCCUUGGUGACUUUUCUCUCAUCGUGUACCAGUUUCAAGCAAUAAGUGCUUUUUCUGCUGUCAUUAAUCGUUUAGGUGAGUUUGAUGAUGUUUUGGACAGAAGCAACUCUAAAUCUCUCCCAGAUUCUUUGGAAGACAUAGAUAUUAUAUACAAAGACUUUAUAAGUUCAUCUGUAUUGGAAUCUAACGGAUUAACUCCACAAGAGAAACACGAAACAUUAUUGGAGAUAGAAAAUUUGAUUCUGAAGACACCAAGUGAAUCUACACUUAUUAGAGACUUGUCAUUGGCAAUCAAGCAAAAGGAUAAUUUACUGAUAACAGGACCGAGUGGAAGUGGAAAAACUUCUUUGUUAAGAGCUAUGGCUGGUCUAUGGAAAACUGGAACUGGAAAAAUCAUAUACUAUGUAAAAGAAGGGGAAGACACUGAGAAGUUUAGUUCAGAUGUGAAUACUCCUUUAAUAAAUACUGCUCGUAACUCAACGGAAGACCGUGGAAAAUCCAUAAGCAGAAAAUCCAGAAUUUUUUUCCUACCUCAAAAGCCGUACAUGGUUUUAGGUACUCUUCGUCAACAAUUACUUUAUCCAACUUGGGGUGAUGAUGUAGUUCCAACAUUAGAGAGUAACGAAAAAGAUGUGCUUACUUUCUUGUCAAACUCAGAUGAUAUGAAUAGUGAACUCGUGAAGCCGGGAACAGAUGAUUUGAUAAAAAUCUUAGAGGAUGUCCGUCUUGGCUACAUAUUGGCUCGAUUCGGUUUGGAUUCAACACAUGAAUGGUCUAGUGUUCUUUCUCUGGGAGAACAACAACGUCUUGCGUUUGCCCGUCUUUUACUUUCGAAACCUCAGCUGGCUCUAUUGGAUGAGUCGACAAGCGCACUUGAUGAAGCCAAUGAGGUUCAUCUGUACGAAAAGAUUGCGGCAGAAGGUGUAACAUACAUCAGUGUUGGACAUCGAUCAACCUUAUGCGAUUUUCAUGACAGAAUCCUACGCAUAUCAGCGACUGAUUCUAACAACGAACAGCCAAAUUGGUGCAUUGAACCCACUAGACGCGAAUCCUCUUUAAAAAUUUAG